UCGUUUGUUUUCCAAAUUGAAAACGUCAAGGAUCUGGACAUUUUUUGUUCUGCGAUCGAAAUACUUGAAAACGAAAAAGACAAUUUUUGCCGUAUUCUUAUCUAUCCUCGAGUGCUAGACCGCCGCAUUGCUAGCAGAUAGCCCCAGUAAGUGCAAGCACGAUCGUUUUCGUUUCAUUUUGCAUCACCGUAGUGUACGUUUGUUUACGCCAUCUCGCGAAAAUUCAUGUGAAUUAUAACAAUGCUGCGAGUUCCAGUUAGUCGGGCCCUUACCUUCGGGGCCCGGUUCCCAGUGCAGACGAUAGUGCGCACGUCGGCCACUACACCGGCCAAGGCGCCAGAAAAGAUUGAAGUUUUUGUGGACGAUCAAUCCGUGAUGGUGGAACCGGGUACCACCGUACUACAGGCUGCGGCACAAGUUGGUGUGGAGAUACCGCGCUUCUGCUAUCACGAGCGUCUGGCGGUAGCCGGCAACUGUCGUAUGUGUUUGGUGGAGGUGGAAAAAUCACCGAAACCAGUCGCUGCCUGCGCUAUGCCGGUGAUGAAAGGGUGGCGUAUAAAGACGAACUCCGAAAUGACGCGCAAAGCUCGCGAGGGUGUAAUGGAGUUCCUGCUAAUGAACCAUCCGCUCGACUGUCCCAUCUGUGACCAGGGCGGUGAAUGUGAUCUGCAGGACCAGGCGAUGGCAUUUGGUUCGGAUCGAUCGCGCUUUACAGAUAUCCACCACACCGGCAAACGGGCGGUCGAGGACAAGGACAUUGGUCCGCUGAUUAAAACCAUCAUGACACGGUGCAUCCACUGUACGCGCUGUAUCCGCUUCGCAUCGGAAGUGGCCGGUGUCGAUGAUCUCGGCACGACAGGCCGCGGUAAUGAUAUGCAGAUUGGCACGUACGUGGAAAAGUUUUUCCUGUCCGAGUUGUCGGGUAACGUGAUUGAUCUGUGCCCGGUCGGUGCGCUGACCAAUAAACCGUACAGCUUCGUCGCACGUCCGUGGGAAAUUCGUAAGAUCGAGUCGAUCGACGUGUUGGAUGCGGUCGGCAGCAAUAUUGUUGUGAGCACGCGUACGGGCGAAGUGCUGCGCAUUUUGCCGCGUGAAAACGACGAAAUCAAUGAGGAAUGGUUGUCGGAUAAGUCGCGUUUCGCUUGCGAUGGUUUGAAGCGACAGCGGCUGAUCGCACCGAUGCUGCGCAAUCCGAACGGUGAGCUGGAACCAGUCGAGUGGGAAUCCGCGCUGAUUACGAUCGCACAAGCGUUACGUGGAGCACCAAAGGGAAAGGUGGCGGCCGUUGCUGGUGGGCUGGUUGAUGCCGAAUCGUUGGUUGCGUUGAAGGAUCUGCUGAACCGGUUGGGAUCGGAAACGCUCUGCACUGAGCAAAAGUUCCCCACUGACGGAUCGGGUACGGACUUCCGUUCAAGCUAUCUGCUCAACUCAUCGAUCGCUGCUUGCGAGGAAGCGGAUCUCGUACUGCUUGUCGGUACGAAUCCCCGCUAUGAAGCACCACUUCUGAACACCCGUUUGAGGAAGGGAUAUAUCCAUAACGAUCAAAACAUUGCACUGAUUGGACCGAAGGUCAAUCUUUCUUACGAGUACGAGCAUCUCGGAAGCGAUACCUCGCUGAUCCGCGACAUCGCAAACGGACACCAUCCAUUCGCCAAGAAGCUGAAGGAGGCUAAGAAACCCCUGAUCAUCGUCGGUGCCGAUCAACUUGCCCGAAAGGAUGGUUUGUCUUUCCUUACUGCACUCCACGUAUUCGCUAACUCGUUGUCACCGGCAGACAAAAACUGGAAGGUAUGGAACGUACUGCAGACAAACGCAGCGCAAACGGCCGCCCUGGACGUUGGCUAUACGGCGGGCGUCGAUGCCGCUGUUGAGAUGCAACCGAAGGUCCUGUUCCUGUUGGGCGCUGAUGCCGGCAUGGUCGAUAAGGAAAAGUUACCGAAAGAUUGUUUCAUCGUGUACCAAGGGCAUCAUGGUGAUGCGGGUGCACAAAUGGCCCAUGCCAUUCUGCCUGGUGCUGCGUACACGGAGAAGCAGGGCACGUACGUGAACACGGAAGGCCGAGCUCAGCAGACGCUGGUUGCUGUUACGCCACCGGGGCUUGCACGCGAAGACUGGAAGAUUUUGCGCGCCCUAUCGGAGGUAGCUGGUGCUCCGCUGCCGUACGAUAAUCUGGACGAUCUGCGUUCCCGCAUGGAAGACAUUGCGCCGCAUCUCGUGCGUUACGGACGGCUGGAGGCGUCCAAUUUCUUCGCCAUCGCGGACGCAUUACUAAAGAACGCUUCGGUGCAAUUCGAUAAUAGCAAGGUGGAUGUGGUGCAGAAAAAGCUAGCAGACUUUUUCAUGACCGAUCCGAUUACGCGAGCUUCGCCCACCAUGGCUAAAUGUGUGACGGCAGCGAAGAAACAGUUGCAAACUAAUUAAAGUUUAACAAUGCAAGCUUAAAACUGAGACGAAGUCUGCGUUUCCUUGUUGCAGUUCCCCAGGUGUUUCUACACAAUUUGUUUUGUGUUUGUUCAACGUGGAAUGGUGAGUGGUUAGUUAGUGGAAUUUUGAGUCCCAUUUGUAAGACGUUAAAUGAGAAGUUUUGUUUGUAGUAAAGCAGCGAUCUAUCAGUCAUCGUCCAAUGCUAUAAAUGCAGAUGCUUGUCCGGGUCUACUUAUUUCCGUAAUUUAACCUUGAUUAAAAUGAUCGUUUUUUUUUGUAAAUUAUCCUUCAUUUUCCUGUUCAAAAUGCCUCAAUAAAUGGCAAAUAUGUAGGGUAACUACUCCAGUUUUCGGCGGCUUAGUGCAGCCGUAAAGCAAAAAACGAAAAAACAACUAUAUUUGCAAUCUUUGUAUUUGAAAGUGAUGUUAUUCCGAUUAAUAAACUUUCGUAGUAUUUCUGCAUACU